ACAUAACAGCAAAUGUACAAGUCCCUAAAAAAAACAACAACAGCUCAGUGGAUAUUAGCAGUGAGGCACAUAAUACCAUAAAGUACGAUAAGGCGCGCGCUCUCGUUAUGGACGCCAGCUUUUCUUUCUGCCUUGACAGCAACAAAGACGAACACGAUUUGCGUCAACGGUACAUUUAGAAACCUCACCCUCCUCUACAGCAGCGGCAGAAGUUUAAGACUCUUCACUCUCCGGCCUCCAGAAAAGAUCAAGAUAAUGACUCCAACGCCGGCAAAACCAGCUACGGCACGGUGGAGGAUGUCAAAGAUUGGAGGAGCAAAAGGAAGGCCAGCACUGAUAAGGGGUCUUCCAAGAAAAAUCUAAGGGCCGAUGGUGUUGCCUACGCCAGUUCCUCUCACAGUGUUAUAUCAGGGGGCGCCAGUGUGAGGGGGAGCAAGUGGAAAACAGACACUAAUGAAGACUGCCCCAAGAAAAAGAUAAGGGGUAGCAAUGAUGCCAACACCAAUGAGCCCAGCAUUGUGUUUAUUAAGGGUAGCCAUGUGAGGCAGAGUGAAAGGAAGGCCCACAAUGACAAGUUCCUCAAAGAUGCAGCGCUCUGACCUCAGCCUGAGCAGCAGCAUAUGUUCAUCCUCAGAUGAGGAUAAUAUAUAUGGCAUCCCCUUCUCAGUAAAAACCAGCAGAGCUGAAUUUGAAGCCAACUAUAUUGAGAUUUACAAGAUUGCUAAAGGUGGUUUUGGAGCCGUAUAUGCAGGCUACCGAAAAGAAGACGUUGCAUCAGUUGCUAUCAAACAUAUUCCAAAAGAAAAGGUCGAGUACAGUAAAGUGGUCAAGAAUGGAAAGGUGUAUAAGGUCAUUGAUGAAGUCGCCCUUAUGGUGAAAGCAGCAGGUGGAGCUGAAUCACCUGGGAGAUCUGCAGCCAUCUCCCUACUUGACUGUUACGAUCUGGAGGAGGACCUUCUCCUGAUUAUGGAAAGGCCAGUCCCCUCCAUGGAUCUCCACCAGUAUCGCAAUGCCAAAAGAGGCUUCCUGCUGGAAGACGAGGCUAAGACCAUCCUAAGGCAGAUGGUGGAUGCAGCCAUCGAGAUGCACACAAAUGGAGUCUUUCACAGGGACAUCAAGUUAGAAAACACCCUCAUUGAAACUGGAUCACAUGUCCAGUUGCGCGCUCGUGUGAUUGAUUUUGGCUGUGGUAGCCUCGUGAUAAAGGGAUAUUACUAUCACUACUCUGGUACCUUAUCAAAAGCCCCUCCAGAAUGGUUCAUGUUCAAAAGAUACAAAGCCAGUCCCACAACAGUGUGGCAGCUGGGAGCACUGUUGUACGACCUGCUGGAUCAUGAAUAUUCCUUUAAAACACGUAUUUACCUUGAAAGAGGGCUGAAAAUCAACUGUAAUCUGUCCAUAGACUGCCAAGAAUUCUUGCACAUGUGUCUGGUCAGCAACCCUUACAGGCGUCCCAGCUUAGAGCAGCUACAGCUCCAUCCCUGGCUCAGAUAGUCCAUGCCACACCACCUGCUCAUUUUCCAAAUGUGUCCUAGGUAUUAUCCAGGAAGAGGAACUGGAGGGAACUCAAACAAGUCCAAAUCAAUAAAAUGGUUUGAUGAAUCAAUGGCAGUCUACCCAUUGAUUAUGAUAUCAUAUUUUAACUUUUACUGUUGUUGUAAUUGCCACUGUUCAUCAUGUCAUAACAUUAUACCCACUGCUUUAAAUAUUGCGGAAUUUCCGGUGGCAACGGAGCAAUCCCGGAAGUGGAACAUUGUGGAUAUAGACUAGAUAUGUCUGUCUCUCUCCCUCCCAACUGGUCGGUCGAGGCAGAUGGCCGCCCAUUUGGAGCCACGUUCGGUCUAGACAUAAUCUGUUUGUAAAGUGUCCUGAGAUAACUUCUCUUAUGAUUUGACACUAUGAAUGAAAUUGGAUUAAAUAUGCACAAAGAAGCAGUCGUUGGCAAUACAAAUCUAAACUCUCAGGCUCCCUUGAGCAAUGCUAAUACAACUAAAUAUGUAUAAAAAUGAAAAAGAUCACUCAAGUAAAAACAAAAUGAGAAUCUUAAGAUAAAACAGGCGAACUGGUUUUGUCAUAGCGAGUUCCCAUGGAAACUGCAGACAUUGUGCUUUGUUAAUUAUGUUGUCAAUUUGCCUAUUCCCUUUUCACAUCCGUAUAAACACAACCCUUACCACUACACAAAAAAACAGACAGAAAACAGGUCAAGUGGGAGAAUGCUCAGGGCAUUCAACUGGAAAAGGCUAACAUGAAAGACCUGGAGAUUAUCAAAGAGAUUUAAGAAAAUAAAUUGGCUCGACUCUCGUCGGAAAGAAGGAUUGUUGGAAAAGAAAACAGAUUGUUUAAUGGCCAUACUCUCUGACUCUGACCCCUUUAGUUUGUGGAUCAUUUCCUUGUGGGAACACUUGCACACAGUCCAAAUGUGUCCUUUUAUCCUCCCUUCCCCCUUCUUUUCAUUUCACUAAGUCUUGUCAUCCCAAGCACGGGAGUGAGACUGCAGGAAAAUGGCCCAUUAAAUAGAACCCUCGUCUCUCCCAGUGUGCCCAAUCGGCCUCUCUUUAACCAGCAUGGGAUCAAAAAUCCUCUUCCUUUUUCACUCACUGUAACACAAAACAAGGUUCAUAGAGCAAGGCAAUCUUGGAAUUAACCAUUAAACAAGUCAAAAAGCACAACCUUGUCCCUUGAACUGAUUCUAGAAUAUCUCAAGCUACUUACCCUCGGUUCUUUCUUUUUCGCCUUGAUCGUCACUUUCAUGCUGGUCCCUUAAAUG